AUGCCAAAGGCUGAAGUCGGAUCGACUAAACAUCUCUCCAACAAGCUCAAAAGCAAAGGCCUCCAACGUCUCCGAUGGUACUGCCAAGUGUGUGAGAAACAAUGUCGAGAUGCAAACGGCUUCAAAAUGCAUACCCAGUCGGAGAGUCACGUUCGACAAAUGCUAGUUGUUGGCGAAGAUCCCAAAAAAUUCAUCAACCAGUUUAGCGACGAGUUCCUCAAAGAUUUUCUGCAACUAUUAAAGACCGGACACGGCGAGAAGCAAGUGCACAUCAACCAAUUCUACCAAGAGUACAUUGCGAACAAAGAACACAUUCAUAUGAAUGCGACAAAGUGGCCGUCGUUGACCGAAUUCGCCAAGCAUCUCGGGAAGGAGGGCAUUUGCCGCGUGGAAGAAACAGAUAAAGGCAUUCACAUCUCGUGGAUAGACAACUCCCCGGAAGCUUUGAAGCGACAGGAAGCCCUAAGGAAGAAGGAGGCGCUCGACCAGGGCGAUGAGCAGUUGGAGCAGAGGAUGAUCAGGGAGCAGAUUCGAAGGGCGAAAGCAAAUGCGGCGAGUCGCGAGGCCAAGGCGGACGAUGAAGAGGAUCGCGAGUUGAAACGCCAACAAGGCGAGAAGAUUACACUGUCUUUUGGGUCCAAACCAAAGCCGGAGGAUGCGAAACCCGGUGCCGAAGAGGCAGCUUCAUCAGAGCCAGCAGCAUCAACAGAUACCACCGGCGCCGAAGUGAGCAAGUCGGAUACAAAACCCGCUGGUUUUGGUGGUCUGUCCAUGAAACUCGGUGGCAAACCACAAACGAAGAACGUAUUCGCACAAGCAAAGAAAAACGCACUCGCAGGUGGUUCCAAGAAAGGUGGCAAGAUCGAGCAACCGAAGAAGAUGAGCGAAGCAGAGAGAAUCAUGCGCGAAGAAAUGGACAAGAAGAGAUCACGAGAAUCCGCAGGAUUCGGGUUCAGCAUGCCAUCCGGAAAGAAGCAACGAAGCAGCUGA